ACAAAAGCACAAGGCGUGUGAAGUCGCCGACGAAACACGAGAUUAGAGAGCACCUAGAAGAGUCCGCUCGGUGAAUAUAUGUUUCGAGCGUCUAGCUGAUAGAUUCAUGCUCUGGAAAAGCCCAAUAUUCAAGAUCUGUGUCGGUUGGGGUAUAGCCGUCGUUGGUGGCCUAGGCGCGUUUGUGGUUGCCCGAGACAAAAUCAUCGCGCAGCGCUAUGAGGCGAUGAAGAGUAGAGAACGGAUGAGAAACGCCAACGCGGGAUCCUACGAACAGGGCAACAGAGUUUUCCGGAAAGACGGAACAACUGAGAAAAUUCAGAAUUUCAAGUUUUGAAGACCAUAAAUCUGCUCCCCGAGCGCUGUGAACGAGCACCUAAACAUGGCGGCGGGCAUGCAACUGGAUCCUUCGAAGCUCGCCCUAGUGCAAGAGCUCGAAAUCGAUAUGAUGGCCGAUAUGUACAACAGAAUGACGAACGUCUGUCAGCGGAAAUGCAUUCCCACCAAGUAUCGAGAGGGUGAUCUCACGAAAGGCGAAUCUGUCUGCAUAGAUCGCUGCGUGGCGAAAUUCUUGGAUAUUCACGAGCGCAUUGGCAAAAAGCUGGCUUCGAUUUCGAUGCAGGACGAGGAGGCCAUGAAGAAAAUGCAACAACAGCAGGAAGCUUCCGCGGUCAAGCCGAAGUAGUUUUGUGUUGGAGUCUAAUGGUGGAUAGUUCUUGCAAUAAAACUUUUAGAAGAAA